AUGGCGGCGGCCGCCCGCACUUAUAAUGACGCGAUUGAUGCCCUCAACUCACUCCAAACUCCCUAUGCCGUGAUCGAGGCGCGCCGCAAAGCCGGCAUCCGACCAGAUGCUGUAUCCAUCAGCGAGAUGCGUGGCUACCUUGCCCGCAUCGGCUACUCCUCCCAGGAUUUAGACCGCCUGAACAUCGUGCAUGUCGCCGGCACCAAGGGCAAGGGCAGCACCUGCGCCUUUGUCGACUCGAUCCUGUCCCGCUACCAGCAGCGCGGCGGGCCCCCGCGCAAAGUCGGUCUCUUCACCUCGCCCCAUCUAAUCGCUGUGCGCGAGCGUAUCCGCAUCAAUUCGGCGCCCAUCUCCGAGGAGCUCUUCGCCAAGUACUUCUUUCAAGUCUGGGACCGUCUCGAGCAAAACGCCACUGUUGCCUCCGACAAGGUUGCCCCGGGAACCAAGCCCAUCUACGCCCGCUACCUGACCCUGAUGAGCUACCAUGUCUUCCUGUCCGAGGGCGUCGAUGCUGCCGUGUACGAGACGGGCAUUGGCGGCGAAUACGACGCCACCAACAUCGUCGACCGCCCCGUGGCAACCGGCAUCAGCACCCUUGGCAUCGACCACGUCUUUGUGCUGGGCGACACGGUCGACAAGAUCGCCUGGCACAAGGCCGGCAUCAUGAAGCCAGGCAGUCCGGCCUUUACGAUCGAGCAGGUUCCGUUGGCUACACCUGUGCUGAAGCAACGUGCCGUUGAGAAGGGUGUGAACCUGAAAGUGCUCGAUAUUGACCCCCGGCUGGCCGGCGUCAAGAUCCGUCCGGACGCGACUUUCCAGAAGAAGAAUGCCACUCUGGCCGUUGCCUUAGCGGAGACUGCGCUGAAGAAGCUGGAUCCGUCCUUCUCGCCCAACCCUGAAGCCCUGCCGCAAGAAUUUGUCGAUGGCCUGGAGCAGGUGGUCUGGCGCGGCAGGUGCGAGGUGAUCGAGGAAGACAAAGUCGUAUGGCACGUCGAUGGCGCCCACACGGUCGACAGCCUCAAGAUGGCGGCGCGCUGGUUUGCGGGCGAGUGUGCCGCGCGGACCAACGGCGGGCCCAAGGUGCUCAUCUUCAACCAGCAGGGCCGCAGCGAGGCUGUCGACUUCCUCGACGGGUUGUGCAAUGUCGUGAAAAAUGCCGAUCCGGAUGGGAAGGGGUUUGAACACGUUAUUUUCUGCACCAACGUGACCUAUGCUGCUACAGGCUACAAACGAGGUAUGCUGCUGCCUCCUCCACAAUUUCUGACCUCGCGGCGGCUAAUUGGCACAGAUUUUGUAAACCAUCAGCAUAAUCCCGCAGACAUCGAAAAGAUGACGAUGCAGCGCGUCUUUGCCGACAAGUGGUCCGCCCUAGACCCCACUGCCAAGGUGACGAUCUGUCAUAGCAUUGAGGAGGCCAUCAACACGGCCCGAGACCUGGCGGGGCAGGAUGGCGAGUCGAAGGUGAAGGCUCUGAUCACGGGCAGCUUACACCUUGUUGGCGGCGCAUUGGGCAUUCUCGAAGGUGCGGAUGCCUUGUAG